AGUUCACCUCUACCGGCCCCCUCCCCUUGGAGCCGCGCAAGCGUACACCGAAUUUACUCCCUGGUCCCUCAUGCCCCCGCCUCCAACCCCCGCUCUGUCUGCCCAAUACGCAGGCGCGUCUCCUCAAGUGCUUUCCCUACCCCCUCCUCUUUCUCUUCAGUCCAUUCCCCCUCCUCUCUCAGUAGCUCCGCAGGUUCAAACUCUUCUCCCGGAGAGUGGCGGCGAUCGUGAGGUCACGUGAUGAGCAUCCUGCUGCCCAACAUGGCGGAGUUCGACACCAUCUCGGAACUGGAGGAGGAGGAAGAAGAAGCAGCAACGUCGUCUUCGUCGCCGUCGUCGUCGUCGUCUUCGUCGGUAUCUGGGCCUGAUGAGGAUGAGGAAGAUGAGGAGGAAGAUGAGGAGGAGGAAGAAGAGGAGGAGGAGGAAGAAGAAGACGAGGAGGAGGAGGUGCCGCCCCCGCCACGGGUAGUGAGCGAGGAGCAUCUGCGGAGAUAUGCCCCAGACCCUGUGUUGGUGCGCGGCGCCGGCCACAUCACUGUGUUUGGAUUAAGCAACAAGUUUGAUACGGAGUUUCCCUCGGUUCUGACAGGGAAGGUGGCUCCAGAAGAAUUUAAGACCAGCAUUGGCCGUGUGAACUCAUGUCUGAAAAAGGCUCUCCCAGUCAAUGUGAAAUGGCUGCUGUGUGGAUGUCUCUGCUGCUGCUGUACCCUGGGGUGCAGCCUGUGGCCUGUUAUUUGUCUCAACAAAAGAACCAGAAGAUCGAUUCAGAAGUUACUAGAAUGGGAAAAUAACAGAUUAUACCACAAGCUGGCUUUGCACUGGAAGCUGACUAAAAGGAAAUGUGAAAGUAGCAAUAUGAUGGAGUAUGUAAUACUAAUAGAAUUCUUACCAAAAUACCCCAUCUUCCGACCCGACUGAGGAGCUUCGUUCGGUCACGUCUGUGUUAUCUGUCAUUUCCUACCCUUAGUGCCUUGUAGAUGAUCUUGGAAUGGAGACAGUCUCCUUUGCUGUGUUCAGUUUAUUCUUUACAACAGUAGAAUAUUCUUCUCAUUCUUUGAUUUGUGUUGAUUUCAAAAGACAAUUUGCACAUCUUUUCUGUUAUUAAAUGAGGCUUGUGUUUUGCACUCUCAAUUUUUAAAUAAAUACACACAAACAUAUACAAGUAUAUGUAGUUGACACUAAAAACAUCAGUGCCAGUGUGUAAAGAAACAAACAAAACCCUUGUUCUGAGCAUGCUGCCUUAGGAUUUUCACACUCACUGUUUCUAAAUAUGCAUCAUUUUCUAGGCUAUUUAAUGCUCUGGAAUCCCUUACUGGACACACCCAAAUAUGCUUUUGGUAGCUUUUAGAAAUGGUUUUACUCUGCUUUUAAAGAACCUGCAAUUAAUAGCACUGGUUUCCUCCUGCACUUUGCUAAACUGUCACUUAUGUUAGUGGAUAAAAUAUUUAAACUCCUAAAGACUUGUAAAUAUUGUCUCUUUGCAUAAUGUAAAAUGUGGUAUGCCGUGGUUUACAGAAUGUAUUAAUAUUCUUAAUGUAUUGCCAACAAUUCCGCAUAGAUUUUAAUAUGAAGUUUGCAAGCAUCCUUUUGAAUGUAGAGACCUUUAACAUGCUGUUUUGUGACAGAGCCAAAAUGAGUAUGUUAAAUUUCAGGUGUGGGCAGGAUUGCCCUUCCUAAUGAAGUGGAUUAAAAUUGAUAUCAUUAGUUCAGACCACAAGAUUACAUUACACCUGAGACCAAGAAUUUUAUUUUUUCCAUUUAAUUCACUGUUCUCCAUUUAUCCUCCACUCCACCCCCCAAAAUAUUUGACAUCCAACUCAUCUUACGGCUGCAUUAGCUCUCAUUUCCUUUCCCUUCUGUAUCUUUUCCCUCCUUUGAAAAUACAUAGAAUUUCCACCUUCAAGUGUCUUGAGAGCCAGGCGGUGGUGGCGCACGCCUUUGAUCCCAGCACUUGGGAGGCUGAGGCAGGUAGAUCUCUGAGUUCGAGUCCAGCCUGGUCUACAGAGUGAGUUCCAGGACAGCCAGGGCUGUUACACAGAGAAACCCUGUCUCAAAAAAAAAGUGUCUUGAGAUUUUGAAUCCUGUGAGGUCUCAAGGCCUCCAUGAAAGGCAUGGUUUAUCCUCUUCUGCAGUUCCUCUAGUCUACAAAGAGUGCUGAGAAACUGUACCUACAGACUGUGUAGUAGGCCGGUCAGAGUUGAUACAAUAUUUUUAGCCUUCUGCUUGAGAAUCUUUUCUAAACAUUUGGAAAUUAUCAAUGAGGAAAGAGAAGUCAAAUUUAGAAAAAAUUGUUAAGUGGUCACAUGUUUUGAGUGGUACCUGCAUCUUUCUCUGUUUUUUUUUUUUUCUUUCCACAAUUCAAUUGAGUGAGAUUACCACUCUGGUUCUACUACCGUUUGAAAUGAUAAUAUAACAAAAGUGUUCGAUCCCAUUAACUCAACUGCAAGUGAAUGCCUGUCUGUGGGCGGGGCUGGUAAUUUGCAGUGACUGACACACAUUCUCUUUGUCCUUCCACUCUUACCUGCUUUUAAGUAAGUUCACUCCAGUGAACAGAACAAUCAUCUCUGCACACAAGGUCAGGCUUUUUGAAGCCACUUUUCCAGGUUAUGCCUAAUCUGAAAUCCUUAGUCCUUGACCAGAGAAGGAGGAGAGACACUCACUUUGAUAUGUGGUUCUGAUGGUUUGCACAAAUACUUUUGGAGCCCCCAUCCCCCCGUGUCACCCAGCCACCCCAAAUCUCUAAGUUCUAAUAUAUUGUGUAUGCCUGCAAAUAUGUCUGCCUGCUGCAAAUUGAAGGUGUAUUUUUAUAGAGAAGAAGGAAGCCUCUGAAAAUGCAUACCCAAUGUCUGGUUUUAUAGCUAAGGUCAGGGAAAAACAUAUCUAUGUUUUAUGUUCCAGCUAAUGUCAUCGGAUUUAUGCUUCAUACUGUGACAUUUUAAUACCAAAACUGAUUUCCAUCAUAAUACAGAAUCUUUAAUUCUCA